AUGGCCACCCUCACCAUGACACCUCCCACCCGCCAACCCUUUGCGAGUCUGGAUACCCCCACAAUGCGUCCCCUAAUGCGGUCUAAAUUGAACCGCCAGAACCAACAAAAUGGCAUGACUCUCUCAGCCAAAAACUCCAUCUUCAUGGACAAUGCAGAGAACAUCGACCCAAACACCCUCAGUCUCUCCGGCAAGCGCAAGCGUACCCUCGAAGAAGACGACGAUGUCACCAAGAGCGCAGCCAAACCCCUCAAAACCUCACGCAUGGCCCUCUCAGUCCGCGAUAUCAACUUCUCCCCACGCCUCGCUACACCCUCCAAGCUCUCCCUCUCAACCCCCAAAUCCGCACCAGUCCUCAAACCAGCCGGCCGUUCACCCCCUCCCAAGUCCAUCUCCUCCUCCCGCCGAUCAACAAUCACCAAAGCUCGUCCCGAACCCAGCAAGCGCGGCGGCGUCGCCCGUCCUUUCUCGCUAGCUACAGCCCUGUCCCACGGCAAAGCCAAGGCUGUCACUACUACCACUACUUCUACCCCUGCCAAACCCAAGGGCCCGACAUCAUGGUUCUUCGAUAUCCACGUCGACUCAGAGCAGGAGGAGAUGACCAACCUGAUGCAGCACUCCACAGGCGUCCUCGACAUCAGCGACGACGAGUCCAAGACUUCCACCGCCGAUGACCGCGGCAAGGAGAACGUGCCCCCCGCCGAACUGGGCAUUGACCUGCCCCGUCCGCGGGAGGUGACAGCCCUCGUCGCCGCAGCCGCAGCGCUCAAGGCGAGUAAAAUGGACGAGGAUCGUGCGCCCCUCGGCGAGCUGAAUGCUGCGGAUUAUUAUCCGGAGGAUUGCAAUGCGUUUUCGUUUGCGGUUGUUUAUGACGAGGAGGAUGAGGGUGAGAAUGGGGUUGUUUCGAAGAAGAUCUCUCCGCCUUCGGGUUCGCCUUCUCAGGCUUUUUGCUUGUCGCCUGUUAUUACUACUUCUAUUGCUUCGGUGUUGGAGGCGGUCGUUCCGGCUGAGAAGACGUCCGAGACUGCUAAUGCGCGUGACGGGGUCGAUGCAACAUCUACUUCCUCCGCUGAUGCUGCGCUGGACUAG